CGUCAACGAUACUCUCGCGUUACUUGCAACGUCACGUCAUUCCAUGAUGGCUGAAGAUCCUGGCGGAACACUUUUCAAUUUCUCUCAUAUCUUUCUUUUUUUCUCUCUACCUCAGCUUGCCAUAGAGACAUGGCAGGACCCACAAGCCCGUUAAGCGUCCACAGAUCAUUGGUGUCGACAUGCCCAAGAAAGGGAACCGAAAACGGCUGAAAUUUAGGGCCGGGGACGUUUGUUCGGAAUCAGUGACCGUUGCUGAUUAUGCUGAUGCCGACCCAGCCGUUGUGAAGUCCGGGAGGGUGAAAAAGGCUGUUGCAAAUGCAAUUGAAAAAGAAGUGAAAUUACUCUGCGGCCUGGAAGCAUCUCAGGGUGCUGUAGAGGAGGUCCUCUCGUCUUCAGUGAGUGUCACAGCCGACGCUUUGGACAGCAGUGAUGACCUAGACCCUGAAGAAGAUGGAGAACAUGAAACUAAAGUGGCCCGCAAGAAGAAAAACAAGAGGAGAAAGGAAAGCAUUGAGAGCGGGGAUGGGGGGGAGUAUCCAGUGGAUGUUUGGUUAAUGCUUGCCUCCUACAUUCGGCCCGAGGAUGUGUGCAGAUUUGCUCUAAUCUGUAGGAAUGCCUGGACAGUCACUUGCACUGCAGCUUUUUGGACCAGGCUUUACAAAAGGCACUACAAGAUUGAUGCUGACCUGCCAUUCCGUCUCCAGCCUGACUGCAUUGACAUGAUGUGCUCUUUACGGGCCCGUGUGAUUCGCUCCCUUUUCCAUUUGUAUGAGCCGUUCAGCUUGCGUGUCUCAAAAAUUCCUGCCUUGCCAGAAUCCACACCCACAACCUUGGUCAACUCCAAGUGUUUACUGUUCUGGAUCAGAAAGGUGUCAGGGACUCGGCCUGAGGCAUUGUGGGAGUUCAACUUCAAGUUUUUGAAGCAGCAGGGACACAGUAAGAAUGGUUGUGCCAAGUCCUUGUGCAUGCCCAGACAAUACAAAGAAGUCCACACAAACCCAGACACUGACUGCUACAUGCUUCAGGUCACCACCCUCAACUUCAUCUUCACCCCUGUGGUCAUGGGCAUGACACUGACCCUGUUCACAAUCAACGUUAGUACAGACAUGCGCCACCACCGCGUUCGUCUGGUCUUCCAGGACUCGCCGCUCCAGCGGUGGAAGAAGAGGGGAGAUCAGGGUGGGACCCAGGUGGUGUUGGACCCCGUACACAGUGUAAAGCUCAUGGACUGGUGGCACCCGCAGUAUCCGUCCUCACCCUACACAUAGGAGUCCUGCCUCCUCAGCAGAACGUCACGCCAAGAACUCCGCUGUUUUCCCGUACACUCACCAGAAAUAUGAUAUUGGAUGACUCUGCAGAACCCUGUGAUGUGUUCAUUCACAUUUCGAUCAUCAUUGUUAGAUUCUAAAGAAAGCCAGCAUUGACUGGCCUGAGAUGGGAUGCAAGCCCACCUUCCAGUGUCAAUAUCAAAUGUGUUGCAUGCCCAUCCACCACCGCAACCUCCACACCCUACUUAGAAUGUUAUUUAAAUGUCAAAGCUCUUCAUGGAUGUAAAUCAUGUAGUGCAGAAUUGUCCAGUAUGAACAUUAUUCAUUGUUCCAGAGAGACUGGGCUUGUUAUCUACAUAGGGACAUUGGCAGUCCCUCUACUCUACUCCUCAACUUCAGCAGUGUCUUAGGCCUAGUCCAUAUGUACACAGGUAUUUUUGUCAAACCGUUUUUUUCCCUUGUUUGUUCCAAAAAAAAAA